AUGAGCAACGACUCGGCGUCGGAGCCCCCUUCUUCUGUGGUGUCCUUCGGCUCGUACGCUGAUUUGCACAUGUCCGCAUCCUCGUCUACUUCGUGCUCUUCGGUUGACUUCGGGUACAAUCCGUUCACUUCGUAUGGUCUACUUCUUGGCUCGGGCAACCAGGUGUGGCAUCCGCCCAUGCUUCCCCCUGACCAAUCUCCACGUUUCAUACAUCCGCCCAUGCUUCCCCCCGACCAAUCUCCAUGUUUCAUACAUCCACCUAUGCUACUCCCUGACGAAUCAUCCGGUAUGUUCCUUCACCCACCCAAGCUUCACCAAGACGACACGGACACGAUACGAGCCCAGUUGACAACCUAG